UUGAUGCAAGCAGGAAUAUUUGUUGACAAAGAAAAAGGAAAAUAUGGUUGAACGUGCAGCGGAGGACUAUGCAAAAAUUUUGCAAAGCAUAGAUUUAGAUCGUGAGAUUAAUCCGAUUUGUAUAAAUAUCGAGGAUAUGUUAACACGACUUGAUGAAUUCGAAACAUUGCUUUCAAGCGUACGCGCCGAAAAUAACAAUAUUUUAGAAAAUCACGUUGGUGGCAUAAUUGCAUUUAGUGAUCAUUUUCACAAUCUAUGUAAACGUAUCGAUAAGCUGGAGCAGUUCGUGGAUAUGGUAAAUACUAAUGUAUAUGAAAUAGAGAAGUCGGUGGAUAUUGCAGAGCUUGAGCUCAACGUAACAGAUUACAGCUUAAAGAGUUUACUUAUUAAACCACUUCUUGCCAAGGCCAAAGCAACAGCGUUAGGCUCCGAGACAGUGGAGCAAUCGGCACAAAGCAAUUUAAAAGAUGGCGAAUUCCAGUCAGUACCAGUGUUUGAGACCAACCUCCACUUUGGAGGCAGUCAAAUUAGCUAUAGCGAAGAAGCUCAGGAAAUGAAGGAAAGCUAGUCAAAUUUGGAACGUUCGUAUUUUCCUACUCAAUGAAAAUCUUCGACAAUUUGCAAAUACCUUAAAGAAAAUUAUACUACAGGUAUUCGUUUAUAGCAUAUUUAAUUGGAAAAUGGAGAAAAAAUUAGUUAGUUCGAUUGAGGGAUGAGGUAAAGAGUUAUAUUAGUUAGUUCCAAAUACUUAAUCCGUAAGCAUGAAUAAUUGCAAUAUAAUUUAUGAAUUAAUAAAAAAACUUGCUAAGUUACGUACGUAUUACA